ACAAAACGGAGCGUAAGCGUUUUUGUUUUGUUGCAAAUGCAAUAAAAGCGAAAGGCAACAACAAAAAGACGCAAUUUGCCGCCGCGGCAGCGAUUUGUAUAAAUUAUUGAAAAGUGAACGGUGACCAGCGUUAUUACAAGACAAGCCGACGGCGCAUCGUGUUCGUUGUUGUUUUAUUGUUUUUGUGUGUAAAGAAAAAUCUGCGUUCUGCGUAGCAAACAAACCGGUCCGGUCGGCGCUCUUAUACAUAUUAUACUAUACACACAAACACAAACAAAAACCCGUAUAUGCACGGGGGAAAAAGCGCUGUCAAAGUCGUGGAAAUGCAUUUCGUGUGACACAAAGUGCAUUGAGACAUUGAAUUUAUUUAAAUAUAGUAUUUGCCUGCCAUAUCCAUAAUUUUUCUGUGCCAAGUAGAAGCGACGCAAAAGGCGGCCAUAUGCGACUGCUGCCUCUGCCUCUGUCGCCGCUUCUGCUGCGGGGGUGAAGGUGCAAAGGUGGGGGGUGCUCGGAAAGCUGAAACUGAAAUGUUUGCCGUUCGCGUAUUGUAAAUUGCUUUUGCAAACAUACACACACACACACACACACACAACCAACUCCCUCUGCCUGUUUAGCUGGAAUCGUGUGUGUUCCACUUUUGAUAGCCAGAGCAUCGCCGUCGACGCGAGCUGCGACGUCAGCGUACGACGCACUGUCCUGAUUUCCUCUGCCACCAGGAGAGGAGGCAAGUGCAACCAGGACAAACUUCUUUCGUUCGGGCGGGGCGUGUGCUCUGUGGCGUGUGCGUGCGGUGUGUACGGCGUGAAUGGUCCAAGAGAUUCUGGGCCAGGAUAAUUGCGAAAUGCACGGGAGCUGCUCCAGCAGCAGCUCUCCCUUUGGUUGUCCAAUGCGUGAGACUUAGAUGCUCUAGCGGAGGGACUGGGACUGGGAUUGGGAUUGGGAUUGCAGUCCAGAUGUCGUCGAGCAACGGCGGCAUAAGCAGUGCAGCCACGAAUGGCCGCAGUGGCAGCACCGGCAGUGCCAACAUCAGCCUCAAUAUCAAGGUGCCUGCGGCCGGAGGAGCGGCAGCGGCUUCAACAAGUGCCACAUCCACGUCAAUUACACACAAAACACUGCCGGACCUGAAGACGCAGCGCAGCAACAGCGUCUGUCACAGCCAGGAGACCUACUCCGGCAACAGGAGGGUCGCCCCCACGGAGAAGCCGCCAGAAAAGCAGCUCAGCUAUGGCCCGGCCCAGAGUCGGGCCACGGCAAAGGAACCCAAGGAGGCUCACUUGGUCUACUGUGAGGGCAAGCUCCACUCGGGCCCGCUCAAGUCGCUCAUCACCCACAUGGUGCCCACCCACGAGUACUAUCCGGACGAGAGCUUUGUCUUUGCCUUCCUGCUCAGUGCUCGGCUCUUUGUGCGGCCGCACGAGCUGUUGGCACAGAUUUCAACGACUUGGGAGCAGCAGCAGGGACCAGGAGGCGGUUGCGAUGUGGUGGACGAUGCCGGACAGGUGCUGUACCUCAGCAUAAACUCUGCCUCGCCCCUGACCCAGCGAAAGGGAGCAGCAGCAUCAGCAGCGGCAGCGGCGGCGGCGGCGGCGUCUAGUACAGAGCUGGACCCAAAGCCGCAGCAGCGGACGAGCACACAGCGAUCGGCCCAGCACUGCAUACGGCUGCUCUCGGAGUGGAUCGAGAUCUUUCCGUACGACUUCAGAGAUGAGCGCCUCAUGCAGCAGGUGCGCAUCCUGGCCCGGAAGUGCGUCUACAUUGACAACUCGCUGGGCAAGCAGGUCUCUCGCAUUCUGCAGCUGCUCGUGUCCCGUCUGACGGCCCUGGAGCAGUACGAGGAGUUCCUGCUGACGCUCACCACGGAUGGCAGCGAGCGGGAGGCGGGGGCGGGAGCGGUGUCUGCUGGCCAAAGUCAACAGCAUCAUAAUCAUAAUCAUCAUCAUCAUCAUCAUUUGCAUAAUCCCUUUCAAACAUUUCUGGGCAGCUCGCACUCGCAUGCCAAUGGCUUGGGCGGUGGGGGCUCGACCAGCGGCACCUCGAACUCCUCCUCCAGCGGCAACACCUCCUCCUCCACCUCCAACUCAAACUCGACCACCCCACAGCCAGACGAAGUCUUUGGCAUCAUGGACAUGUGCCCGAGCUGCGCCCACUUGGCCCACCAAUUGACGGCCAUCGAACUGGAGCGUCUGUCGCAUAUUGGGCCCGAGGAGUUUGUUCAGGCCUUUGCCAAGGAUUAUCCCCAGCAGCAGGCCAAGGAUGGUGCAGGCGGAGGCGGCAAGGCGGGCGGUUCGUUGAACGAUAUGAAAAAGACGCGCAAUCUGGAGUCGUAUGUGCAGUGGUUUAAUCGCCUCAGCUACUUGACGGCCAGCGAGAUUGUCAAGUAUCCGAAGAAGAAGCAGCGUGUUCGCAUCAUCGAGUACUGGAUCGAGACGGCCCGUGAGUGCUUCAACAUUGGCAACUUCAACAGUCUGAUGGCCAUAAUAGCAGGUCUAAAUCUGGCGCCCAUAGGCAGACUCAAGAAGACAUGGUCGAAGGUGCAAUCGGCCAAAUUCUCAGUGCUGGAACAUCAAAUGGAUCCAACAUCAAACUUCAAUAGCUAUCGCUCGACGCUCAAAGCUGCUAUGUGGCGCUCCGAGGGUGCCACAGAGGAACGCGAACGCAUAAUCAUUCCAUUCUUUAGUUUAUUUGUUAAGGACUUGUACUUUCUAAACGAGGGCUGCUCCAAUCGGCUGCCAAACAAUCAUAUCAACUUUGAAAAGUGCUCCCAGCUGGCCAAACAAGUCACGGAGUUCAACGAGUGGAAGAAGGUGAGCUGUCCGUUCGAGAAGCUGCCGAAUGUCAUUGCCUAUCUGCAGCACAGCGCAGUGCUCAACGAGAACACCCUCUCGAUGGCCUCCUUCGAGUGUGAGCCUCCCGAGAAUACAGAGGAGAAGGAUCGCUACAAAACGGUUAAAGCCGAGACGAAACAACAACUGCUGCAGCAGUUACAGGAGCAGCAGCAGCAGCACCAGCACCACCAGUCGCAGUAGUAGCCACCAUUUAGAAGGGGUAGAUUAAGCUACGCUUAAGCGCUUGCCAUGAUUAUUUUUUCUAUUAGAUGCGUAAGAUUGGGGACAAUUUGUUAGCCUAAGUGGAAUGCGAGCGAUGGGGAGUAACAGGAGCAGAGAGCAGCAAGCCGCAAGCCCAUCUUAGCCCCUCCUUUGAGAAAGUAAAGCUUCUGAAGCUACAUAUAUAUAUUAACCAUUGUCUUGUCAAUCCUCUCCUAAUUGUAUCCACACGAAAUGAAUUUUCAAUCACCCCCCAUGUCCCCACAAUCGAACGAAAGCGAACGAACG